AUGGAUCUGAACAUCGAAUUUGCCGAUAAUUUCCAUACUGCUCUGCAAGGCAUCGCCAGUCAACGAGCGUCGAUAAUCCGCCAGUACACCAGAGCGGUGGAAGAUGCCGUAAUCAACAGCAUUCUCCGGGCGCGGCUCCCGGCGUUGAGCGGUCUGGCUUCAGUGGCAGAGAGCUUGACAGAUGACGGGCGUCGGAAACGGACCUGCUAUGGUUGCCUUGACGUGGCUCGUGCGAGUCAACUGCAAUGCACCACCAGUCUGUUGCCUCGACAGACUACCGCGACAAACCCGACCGGACGUGAUGAUUGGGAUGGUGUGUGUGAGGGCGAAUGUCUCUUGGCCUCUUCUCCCAGCAACAAUCUUGAGGAAUAUGAGAUAGCACACAAGGCGGCAGCUCUGCAGCUGCAGCGCGGCUGUAGACAAAUCCUACCCCGGACGCAUCCUAGGAUCCAGUUUGAUGGCACGUCAUCGGGUCUCGAUGCAUCCGAGGCUGGGCCAGUCAUUCCCGAAGUAUCGGACGACGCGUUCUGCUCUUGGUCCGAGCAUGGCAAACCACACCCGGACGCUGUAAUUGUUAAAGGGUCGCACCAGGAGAUGCUAGACUGUCAGGAGUACGCCUCCCUCAUCUGUCGUAGGCAUGCAAACCUGGGAAUCAACUUGUUAGUGCGGCAGGGUGAUUUUGCGAAGCCGGGCAACGCCAGCGUGGAAGAUUUUCUGGGCGUCCUCUCUGAUAACAAAGUACCAAGCGAGCCAUUGGCCUUCCUUAGGUUGGAAGGAAUAUCGGGCCUACUAAAACCGGCAUUUCUCCAGCUGAGACGAUUCAAGCUCUUGCAGACUCUGACAGACGGGCGCAGUUACGCAGCAGCUUGCAAGUCUGGCGGAUCAUACUGUAAGACAUUCUGUGACGUUGAGAAGGCCCUCGCUUACGGCGAAUUCAACUCAGCUGGAGCGUACGCUGGUGCGCAUGUGGAUGUGCUUGCCGGUACAUGGCUGCGAGUGCUUUUCAGACCCCACGUCAUAUGGGUCGUUUCUCCCAGUUCGAUGACUGAUGGUGGCUAUGAUGGCUGGAGAGAUGUCCUCUUCCUGGGACCUCGGGCCGUUCGUGAUGGAAUGGUAAUAGAGAAUUCCGCAGUGCAUGGCGGUGCAGUCUGGGAUGACAGGAAUCUUUUGAAUAUCUUGAGUACAUUGGUUGCGCAGGUGGAGCGCCCGAUCACGACGGAUGGCCCCUUUCCUCUGCAGUUGUCCGAGAUUGUUGAUGAGCUGGAAACCGUGCUAGGGCUUUACGUACCUUCAGCCUCGAAACGCAAGGCAGUAUCGGAGAGAAUCUUGGCAUUGCAUCUAUCGGGCUGCCAGUACCUCAUCGUGUGA